AUGGCACGUACCUGCAAGCCUUCAACUCCACUCUCACUUCCCUUCCAUCAUUUUGUCAAUCAUUGCUCAUACACUUUGAUCCGAUAUUGCUAUUAUUCACAACGUAUUCAUUGCUUCCAUUUACAAUCUGUACCACAAUUCGACUUAUUUAUUAUUGACCCUUUCAUCAUCUUUUAUUUUUGUACCAACUUUUCAAAGAGGCUAGUUUCCUACAUUGAAAACCGACCAUGUCUGCGGCAAUAGAUUGGGACAAGCCAGGGAAAUACCCCAUCGUUCUCAGCGAUGCCCUACUUGGAAAAACUUCCAAUAAUGUAUAUACCGCUAUACGGUGUAGGUUCUGCUGGGCCGGCAGCAGAUGACGAUUCGCUGACAAUUGUUAGACAACCACAAACCUGACCCAACUGCCGGCGCCUCUGCGAACUCAGCACAAUUAAAACCCUCUUCUAAUCCCACGUCUUCAGAUUACGACCUUUCUUUCUCCGAUAAUAAUGAUGACUAUACAUAUGCCGGGGCCAGGUCCUCCGGAGAGGGACAAUUCAUACUUACUUUUGAUCCCGUCAGAAAGGUCUUGGUUUUGGAUCGCAUUGAUUCCACAUUUGAUAUGAAUCUGACAAGCGCACCGUGGACGGAUGACGCCGCUCAACUGCAAUCACAAUACGAACAAUUAGAACCACCAACCAAGGCUGUUACAGAGGAGCCUCAACUUAAAGUACCACAAAAGAAAGCCCCCAAACCAAAAUCUACGACGACAACAAAAGCAAAACCCGCCCCCCGCGGGAAGGCAGAGAAGGCUAAGAAGAAACCACCGCCACGGGAGCCAAGCCCCGAACCAGAAGAAGAAUCGGACGACGGUUUCACAGUUGAAUACCCAGACGGACAGAGCUCGCAACAACAGUAUGAGUACAGAGCUCCAAUCUUUCAAAGGGAGCCAAGCGAGGAGAUCAGCGAUGAAGACGAGGAUGCGGACCAUGAUGGAAUCUAUGAACCGAACCAGGAUGUGGAUCAUUUGAAACUGCCGAGCCCAGUCAACAAUCCUGGAGCGAUUAGCGAUGAAGAGGCAAUGGAUCUGGAGGCAGAUCUGGAGGCGGAUCUUCAAGCGGAAAUGGAAAAAGAGCUGAUGAUGGAUCAACAAGGAGAUGAGAGUGAUGAAAGUGAAGAAGAGUAAACGUCAGUGUACAUGUUGAGCAUAACAUUUUAAGGGCAGGAUGGCGUUUUGGUAAGGGUCUGGUGUACUUUAUAGGAAAUAUGGCAUUUAGGAUAUUUGUGCAGGCAUAUACAGCAGCUACGAAGGCGUUUGAGCUCGAUAAGCGAGAGUUAAAGACAGAAAAUUAUCUCACCCUUUCAUCUUGUCCUCGCAAAUUCUGAC